CUCACUCACUCACCACCACCACCACCACUACCAUCCAUCAUCGCAUCAGUCCUCCACCGCACAUCACGUACAACCGCGCAUCCGAAAGCGUGCACGCCCGCUAUGAACCGGCCACGCAACCGGCAGCCGCGGCCAAACCGCCAUCACGGCGGCAGCAACAAGCCCAGUACCACCCCCACCGGCGCCAGCAGCAGCAGCAGCAGCAGCACGCAACAGCAGCAGCAGCAAGACACCACCGCCACCGCCACCAACAACAACAACAACAACAACUCCCGCCCAAGCCGCGGUGGUCGGCCUUACCGCUACUACACCCCCGCCACGCCGCAGCAGGCCGCCGGCACGGUGCCGACCCUCCGGCAGGUCGUCCCGGGGGCGUCGGUCCACGUCGUGCUCAAGGAGGACCAGCCCACGGGGCGCGAGACGGCCGGCAUCGUGGCCGAGCUGCUCACGCGGGGGGACCACCCGCGCGGCAUCAAGGUGCGCCUGCGGGGCGGGCAGGUCGGCCGCGUGCAGCGCAUGGCCGACAACACCACCACCACUGCUGCCUCUUCUUAUUCUUCUUCUUUCCCUUCCUGGGGCAGGAACGGCGAGGAGGCAGGCAGCAGCAGCAACAACAACAACAACAACCGCGUCGCCGCUCCCCCUCUGUCAGCGGGCAGGUUCACCCAUCGCUACACGGACGUGAGGCGCGAGCUGGACGAGUUCCCCGAGGGUCCGCCGGCGAGGAGCUUGGCGGAUUUCAUGCCCGCGCUCCUGCCCGACAAUGAAGACGCCGCGGCCGCCACGGGCGGGGAGCGGCGGCGGCGGGUGGAGGAGGAGGAUGUGUCGGACGCGGGGCUGCCGCCUGUCGUCCGGUGUCCCGUCUGUGAAGCGUUUGAGGGCGACGAGACGGCGGUGACGCAUCAUGUCGAGCGCGAGCACUUUGGCUGA